CUAGGCAUGCAGACUGCUUCUACAAACAUUUGUAAAAGAAUGUGUGUCGCUCUCAGGAGCUCAGUGAAUUCAAGCGUGGUACCAUGAUGCUAGGUUGCUGCUUGUGCAAUAGGUUCAUCCGUGAAAUUUCCUUGCAAAUAAAUAUUCCACGGUCAGCUGUUAGUGGUAUUAUAACAAAGUGGAAGCAACUGGCAACAACUGCAACUCAGACAUGAAGUGCACUGGACUCCAGAGCAGUGGAGACAUGUUCUCUGGAGUGACCAAUCACGCUUCUCUGUCUGGCAGUUUGAUGGACGUGUCUGGGUUUGGCGGUUGCCAGGAGAACAGUACUUGCCUGACUGCAUUGUGCCAAGUGUAA